AUGGAAAUUAAAUUCCCAGAAGUGUACCGAGUUUCCGGUCGCACGACACAGACCCCAAAUCAACCAGAGAAAAUCAUCAAAUCAAGAAGACAACAGGUACACGUUGAAAUAUGUGACGAUUUACUUCUGAACGAACAGUUCUUCCAAAUGCUGAAAUCCAUCAAUGCUUCUUUAUUUGUUAUCGAUGGUGUCUAUAUGAGCAAUUGUUUGGCUGUACUUCCUUACCGUCUAUCAACCCCUUUUAUAUUGAUGGGGUCCCAGAAUCAACCCAACUUGCACAGAACGCCUUGGCUCUUUUCUGUUUUUCCUCACAGGGGAUUGGCAUAUUCAGACCGGAUGUCGUUCCUAGAACGGUUCAAGAAUAUGAUGUUCCUGCUUUCGGUCUAUUUCAGAAAACCUCUGGGUAGCCCAAAACGCAGUAUCAAAGAAUACGCUCCAGAAAAACCGUCUAUUUCUUUCGAUGGCUUGCUUCGCAAAGCCGACUUGCACAUUAUUGAAAACGACGCCCUCUUAGACUAUCCAUUGCCAGGUCUACCCAACGUCAAAUAUAUCGGAGGAAUAAAGACCAGACCCGCUAAACCUCUGACUGGAGAUCUGGGACGAUUUGCGAAUGCUUCUAAAUACGGUUUGGUUGUUGUUUCGUUUGGAAGUAUGAUAACACCCCUUCCAGAUAUUCAUUUAAAAAACUUAGAGCAAGCAUUUACAAAGAUUCCAUACGACGUCAUUUGGAAGAGAACGGAUACCAAUUCUUUUACGGCACCUAAUGUCUUUACAAGCAAAUGGCUACCACAGAACGACGUUUUGGGCCACAAGAAAGUGAAAUUGUUCAUCACCCAUUGUGGUAGCGGCGGUCAGUAUGACAGUCUUUAUCACGGAGUUCCUAUGCUUGGAUUUCCGAUUUGGGCAGACCAGCCGUUUAACGGUCGGAGAAUGCAAGAGAAAGGUUACGGAAUUUCAAUGGACUUACAUCAUUACACGGCUGACGAGCUGGUGCGAAAUAUUAACAAGGUCAUCCAAAAUCCGAAAUAUAAAAAUAACAUCCAGAAAGCGAGUAGAAUAUUGAAAUCAGCACGCGAACAUCCAUCCGUAAGGGCUGCACGUUACAUUGAUGACGUCAUUAAGUUUGGGGGUGGUUAUCUGCGUUCUUACUGUCAGGAUAUUCCUCCUUAUCAGUAUUUCAUGCUUGAUAUGUUUGUAGUAACAUUAUUCGCUCUAAUUCUCGGUAUUUUCAUCACCGUUUUUAUUCUACGAAAAAUGCUACAUAUAUACUACGGAAAAAAAACUAAAGAAGAUUAA